UCCUCUGACGUAAUGACGUAAAACGCCAAACAUAGUUUCGUUUUCUCGACCUUAAAAGUUUUUUUCAAGGAACGGCAACGCGACAGAAAACCUGUGAAAGAGGAAAUAAAAGUGCCUCACCUUCAGCUGCUCUGUCAACUCGACAAUCAAUAAACAAGAGAGUAAAUGGCUGCAGGAGCUGAGAAGGAGACUACACCUGCAGGUGAAGAGGAGGAGGAGGGAGAGCUGACUGGAGAUCAGAUUGACGCUAAACCUGACCGCAAAGGCAGAUUUCUGCUGUUUGGGAGUAAGAAGAAUAAGGAUGGCAAGUCUCAGGAGCAAGACUACUCUUCUGAAAGCCAUCACAGAAUUGUUUUACCAACAUUCCAGUAUAAGAUGAACCACCCACGAGUGGGCAAGUGCAUUAUCAUCAACAACAAAAACUUUGACGAAAGGACAGGGAUGAACAUACGCAACGGCACGGACCGAGACGCGGGCGAGCUGCUCAAAUGCUUCAAGACCCUGGGCUUCGAUGUCUUCAUCUACAACGAUCAGACCUGUGAGAAGAUGGAAUGUCUUCUCAGAGAAGCCUCGGAGGAAGACCAUAGUGACAGCUCGUGUUUCGCCUGUAUCCUGCUAAGCCACGGCGAGGAGGGCAUGAUCUACGGCACAGAUGGAGCCAUGCCCAUCAAGACCAUGACCUCACUGUUCAGGGGGGACAUGUGCAAAAGCUUAGUUGGAAAGCCUAAGCUCUUCUUCAUUCAGGCUUGUCGGGGUUCCGAAUUUGAUGAUGGUAUACAGACAGAUUCGGGUCCGCCAAAUGACACCCUGGAGACGGACGCUAAUCCGAGACAUAAGAUUCCCGUAGAGGCAGAUUUCCUCUUUGCCUACUCCACUGUGCCAGGGUAUUAUUCAUGGAGAAACCCCGGGCGUGGCUCCUGGUUUGUCCAGGCUCUCUGCAAUGUCCUGAACGAGUUUGGCAAGCAGCUGGAGAUAAUGCAGAUUCUGACACGGGUCAACUACAUGGUAGCAACCAGCUUUGAGUCCUGGUCCGAAGACCCGCGCUUCAGUGAGAAGAAGCAGAUUCCCUGUGUGGUAUCUAUGCUGACAAAGGAGCUGUAUUUCAACUGACUGUACUGUAUGACUGACGAGACUGUUUCAGGUACUGGCUAAGCAGUCAACGCAUUCAGGGAUGAAUCAGGCACACAUGCAUGUGCAGCUGAGCCUGAAAUACCAGCACUCCAUGAGAAAGAAAAAUAUUACAGUGGCACUCCACGUUCAUGUUCCGAUGGUGAAACUUACUCCUCCUCUUCAGCUCAUUUUUCAGAAUAAUGGCGUCGCAUUAGAGCUGAUCUUUGUAGACAGGCAUCGUUAAAUAUCCAUGUUGUUUCACCAGCCUGGAAAAUUUGCUGCCAGUUUUUAUGGGUUUGGCGAAUCAUAACUGAAUUUGUGUUCCUCCAUUUUCCUGCACUUUGAGUGAGUGUUGGAAGGAACUUAACACAUAAGCAAAGGCGGGUUCAGUGUUCUGUGAGCAGUCUCUCCAGAAACUGAUCAUAAACCUGCAAAAAUCAUAUUUUUUAAUGCAACAAUCCUAUAUUUAUACAGUAGUAUAUUCCAUGACAGGAGCAGUUCACAUGCAGCGACGUCUGUGCACAUAAUUACAUUAUUUUUGAAUGGAGACACAUGUCAGACACGCCGUCUGCAACUGACAGCGGCGUGGUUCCAACUCGCAUCCAUUUCAACAUGCAUCCGUUGUGACUCACCUGUUUUCCUUUGCACGUCUGCACGACACCAAGAUGCAAAUAUUUUAACUUUUUGGAAUCUAUCUUUCAACCUCCGUUACUGGGUUAGGAAAGGGUUAACCCAGACACACUGAUUUUUUUUCUUCAUCUGUACAUGCAAAACUUAAAGCAGCACUUGUAAUUGAUUGUCUUUGUUAGUUUAAUGCAUUAAUUGAUUCAGUGGAGCUGCAGCAACCUCAGUCAGGUUAGCAGGUUAGUAAAAGAUACCAUGAAUGACUGAAACCUAUGGAAUUAGUGUUAGCAAGCGACACUUCAUUGAGCAAACAAAAAUGAACCAAAUACACAAAUUGCAGAUAAAAUAUAAUAUUGUAUUUUAUUUGCAAUUUGUGUAUUUUGAUUGUGUGGUUCAUUUUUGUUUUUGCUCAAAUCCAUAAAAACAAUCCUAACACAAAUAACACAAGACGAUCCCACAAGAAAUGUGAUUACAAUACCUCAGAUUUUAAUUUGUUAGCCAGAAAAUGGAUGACAUGGUUUUCACUUAUCUGUAUUUGACUUGUCAUUUGUCCAAAAAAAAAAGAGACAAAAGAAACACACAACACUCCUCUGAACAGAAAUGUCUUCCCAAAGACUCAGUGCCUCAGCCUUCCUAGCACAAUAGCAGCAUGCUGGCAUCCUCAGGUUCUUCAGUGUCCUAUAUAGUGGGUUUAAUGUCAUGUUAAAGAAUUUCACAUGCUAGGAAGGUGUGUUAUUUUUGCUGUGUUGUGAUUUGUCCUCUUAAGUUUUUGGGUCAUGUUUUGACUUCAUAGUCCAAACCCAUGAAAGCAAGGCUUUUCCUCAGCAUGAUGUUUGAAGACCUGCUUGUUGUUCAGGCCCAAGACGUUGGAUGAUCAAAAUGACGCUCCUUCAGUAACGACACAAAUCCACAAAAAAAAACCUAGACAUUCCUGAUUUAUUACACGCUGCAGGACUUUUUACACUCAUUACAUUAUUAUCUAAGGGUUAAGCUGGACUCAUUUCACUGUAUAUUAGUGUUUUACAUUGUGUCAUAACAUACUCCACACAGCAGUUAAAGGCAAUAAGACAUGUUUUAGCUAUUUUUUAUUUUAAAAUUUAGUUUUUGCUGUUAAGUGAAACAAACCCAAUUCACAAAAAGAGGCUUUUAUAUAUUAUCUUUAAGCACAUUGUGCACUUUGCGAAGCUGUUGAAACCCAUAUUGAACGAUUUAGUUGAUGUAAAAUUGAAUUAUAUGAUAAAAUACAUACAUAUAUAUAUAUAUAUAUAUUUAUAUAUACAUACAUACAUUAUUUUUCACCCUUGAAAAAAUAGGAAACAUUUACUGCUGGUCAUUGCCACAAAGCUCAGUUUGUUUAUGUGAAUACACUUAAUGUCUGUCAUUCACAGAGGCAGCUAUCACUGAUGGUGUACACACACAAUUUACAAGUCCACAAUACACACACUCACUGUUCAGUCGCUGUAAUGUUUUUUCUUCAUUAUUCCCAUGACUGCAUGUGUCAGUGAUUUAGGGGAGAGGGUUUAGGUGUAGCUUUCAUUUAUGAUCUAAUUUUCUCCCUUUUUUCUUGCUUUGUAAUUUCCUUUUUUUAAUCAGAGUUUUUAUUAUUAUUAUUAUGACAGUACCACUUGUAUAAUACUUAAAGGGGCCAGGAGUGUGCUAGGAGUGGUUUUUUUUGUCCAACACAGCCACUGCUCUGUGUUUGCUCCUCUUGUUUUGCAAUGGAAUUGAAAGAGAGAGAGAGAGAAAAAAGUUUUUUCUGGUAUUAAAUGCUGUUGUCCUCAGGAAUAUAUUUGGGAAAAAAAUAUGAAUGAAUUACACUGAAAUUAUAAUCUGGCCCAAUAUUUUAUUUUGGGGCGAUGACUUUUAAAGAACUUCAAAACAUUGGGAUGCUUAUGUACAUUUUGUUGUAUUAAAAAGAAUUUAUUAUGUUA